AUGUAUUGUGUGAAGCAUAAAGACCCUGAAACUGCCACUGUCCUUACUUAUACAUACACUUCUACCAUCCAAUCCAAAUCUUAAAAAGAAUAAACAUGGCUACGUCGAUAUCGAUAAUAAUUUUAAAAAAUAACAUAAUUUAAUGCAAUUAUAAACAUCGAUGUCAUGUCUGAUACUGACAUGUAUACGACACAGGAACUUGCUUAAUUCAAAGAGUUUCCGUACUUAAUACAUGAUUCACUAUUUAACUCAUUGGUACUAUCUGCCCAUUUCAUCACAGCCUGUAACACUUCCAAGAAAUUUUUGUUGCAUGUUUUUAAGAAGAAACCGACAAGUUUUUAAGAUAACUUUAAAAUAGUUUCAACCAUUCCAUGUGAUUUCUUACUAUUUUCACUCAACUAACUAACUCUUUGAUUUUUCUCUUUCCUUUUAUAUAUUUUUGGUUUUGAUUCUUUUUGAGUUAAAGCUAACUUUCCUUUUAAAACAGUACAUUUUGUGAAUCUGGUUUUUUUCUCAUCCAUUAUGUGGGAAUCUGAGAGUGAUUCAGCUGCUAGACACAAAUAUGGAGAUGGAAUUCUCACUUCAAACAAACCUGCUGUUAAGACUGAAGGAUUUCUACAAAGAGGUCACUCUUGGUAUGUUGCAACUGAUAUUCCAAGUGAUUUUCUUGUUCAAAUUGGAGAAGCUAAUUUCCAUUUACACAAGUAUCCUCUUAUAUCUCGAAGCGGAAAGUUGAGUAGAGUCAUAUAUGAAUCGCGUGAACCGGAUGUGAAUAAGAUAGUUAUGAAUGAUAUCCCUGGUGGAUUUGAGGCUUUUGAACUUGCAGCCAAGUUCUGCUAUGGAAUUGCUGUUGAUUUAACAGCAGGAAAUAUCUCAGGACUAAGAUGUGCCGCGGAGUAUCUAGAAAUGACAGAAGAUUUAGAAGAAGGUAAUCUUAUAUUCAAAACAGAAGCAUUUCUUAGCUAUGUUGUUUUAUCAUCAUGGAGAGACUCUAUAGUAGUUUUGAAAAGUUGCGAAAAGCUAUCACCGUGGUCCGAGAAUCUUCAAAUUGUUCGUCGAUGCAGUGAGUCUAUAGCUUGGAAAGCUUGUGCUAAUCCAAAAGGGAUAAAAUGGUCUUACACUGGAAGAUCAUCAUCGAAAAUUUCAAGUCCAAGAUGGAAUUCUAAUAAUAAUAGUAAUGAUAUGAUGAAAGAUACAAGUCCAAGUAGGAAUCAACUAGUUCCUCCCGAUUGGUGGUUCGAAGAUGUUUCAAUCCUUAGAAUUGAUCACUUUGUUAGAGUCAUUACUGCUAUUAAGGUAAAAGGAAUGAGAUUUGAGUUAAUUGGUGCGGCAAUAAUGCAUUAUGCAACUAAAUGGUUACAAGGAUUGGUUAGUGAAACAUCAAUCACAUUCGAUGAAACCAGCAAUUGCGGUGUCAGUAAUAGUAAUAGUAGUAGUAGUAGCAGCGGUAGUAGCUGGAUCAAAGGCGAUGGAGGACUUCAUAUGAUUGUUUCCGGUAAUAGAGAAGAAACUUCAAGUCUUCAAGCAAAAGAACAAAGGAUGAUAAUCGAGAGUCUCAUAAGCAUUAUUCCUCCUCAAAAGGAUACUGUUUCAUGCACUUUUCUUCUUCGGCUUUUGAGAAUGGCAAUCAUGUUAAAGGUCGCACCUGCAUUGGUUACUGAAUUAGAGAAAAGAGUUGGAAUGCAAUUUGAGCAAGCUACACUUUCUGAUCUUUUAAUUCCUUGUUAUAAUAAAGGAGAUACAAUGAUGUAUGAUGUUGAUCUUGUUUUGAGACUACUCGAGCAUUUUCUUGUUCAAGAACAAACCGAAAAUUCUAGUCCUAAAAGACAAUCAUUUUCUGAGAAACAUUUGGGAUGUAACCUUAAUGCUAAAGCAAGAGUAGCAAGGCUUGUUGACAGUUAUCUUACUGAGGUUGCAAGAGAUAGAAACCUUUCAUUGACAAAGUUUCAAGUACUUGCUGAAGCUUUGCCUGAAUCAGCUAGAACCUGUGAUGAUGGACUUUAUAGAGCUAUUGAUUCAUAUCUUAAGGCACAUCCAACACUUUCUGAACACGAAAGGAAGCGACUCUGCCGCGUAAUGGAUUGUCAAAAACUCUCAAUUGAUGCAUGCAUGCAUGCUGCACAAAAUGAAAGGCUUCCACUAAGAGUAGUUGUACAAGUCCUAUUCGCCGAACAGGUAAAAAUAAGUACUGCAUUAUCCAACCCUUCUCUGAAAGAUGUUGAAUCCUUUCCUCAACCAAUUGUUACAAACCGAAAAACACUUCUCGAGGCAACGCCACAAUCAUUCCAAGAAGGAUGGACAUCUGCUAAAAAAGAUGUCAACACACUAAAAUUUGAGGUGGAGAGUGUGAAAGCAAAGUACUUAGAGCUUCAAAAUGAUAUGGAAAAUUUGCAGAAACAAUUUGAUAAGAUGUUAAAGCAGAAGCAAACUUCAGCUUGGAGUAGUGGUUGGAAGAAAUUGAGCAAACUUACAAAGAUGACAAAUGUACAACAAAAUCAUGAUCAUCAUGUUUCACCUCAUAAUAUUGUUCCAGAAGCUUCAGAACAGAACAGAAAGACUACUAGAAGGUGGAGAAAUUCAAUAUCUUGAUUCCUAAAUGAUGAGAAAGUUUUCAGUUGAUCACUUUUUUUCAAGUAUGAAUUCUAUUGGCUUUUUAAUCACAAAAAUGAUUUUGCUUAAGUUUUAUGUGUAAUAUUCAAAUGUUUCCAAUUUUAUUCUCUUUGUUUUCAUUUCUAAGGAAAAGAUUCAACCAGUAGAAAGAGAGAUUUGUAUGUUA